AUGCAAAGACUAACAGAAAAUUUGCAAACAGCAAAAGUCCAAAUGAUUUUCAUGGAACAAGCAAACUUAGACCUCAGAAGUUACAACGCACCAAGUUCCCACACUGAGGUUGCAGCAAUAUUUGUCGGUGAGGAUGGUGAACCACCCAGUAAUCGUGACAUCUGCAUUUAUCCAACCGGAGAAACUUGCCAAAUCAUCUCACCUAUGAACUGCAACACCGACCCAAUGGUAUAUCCUCUGCUUUUCCCACAUGGCGAGUGUGGAUGGCAUAUUGGAAUGUCACAUGUUGAAGAAAGACGCUCAGCUAAGCGAGUGAAGGUCACACAGCUGCGGUACUUUGCCUAUCGCCUCGCAACAUGGAGAAGCUUCAGUCUCUUACAUAGCAGUGGCAAAUUAUACCAGCAAUACAUUGUGGACGCUUAUGUCAGAACAGAGGGAUCAAGAUUGAACUACCUAAGACAAAAUCAACAAGAUUUACGCAUAGAGCAAUACCGUGGACUCUUAGAUGCUCUGGAAACCCAUGCCAAAAAUGAACACCUGAAAACAGGGAAGAUGAUAAUAUUGCCAUCAACCUUCCAAGGCAGCCCUCGAUAUAUGCAACAAAACUAUCAAGAUGCCAUGGCCAUAAUCAGAAGAUUUGGACAUCCAGAUUUAUUUAUCACAUUUACUUGCAACCCAGCUUGGCCAGAGAUAAGUCAGGCCAUGCAAGGCACUCAAAGACCAGAGCACCGGCCAGACAUUAUCGUCCGUGUUUUCAAAAUGAAAUUAACAUCACUCUUGGAUGAUAUCUUGAAACACCAAUUCUUUGGCCAGGUCAUUGCAUACAUCUACGUCAUCGAGUUCCAAAAACAAGGUCUGCCACAUGCUCACGUCCUGCUUACCUUACAAACAAAAAACAAAAUCAGAACCAAAGAUGAUAUAGACAGAUAUGUGCAUGCAGAGAUACCCUCCAAAAAUGUCAGCCCUAAACUCUACGAAAUUGUAACAAAGCACAUGAUUCAUGGACCUUGCGGCACACUAAAUCCACACGCACCUUGCAUGAAAGAUGGCACAUGCUCCAAGAACUUUCCCAAGGACCUCCGAAACUCCACAGAGGAGAAUGUGAACGGAUACCCUCUCUACAGAAGACAAACAUCAGCCCCAGUCAGGCUUGGGAAAUACGAUGUUGAUAAUUGCUGGGUAGUCCCAUAUAAUCCCUGGAUCUUGAAAAAACAUAAUGCACAUAUCAACGUAGAAGUUUGUGCCUCUGUGAAGAGUGUGAAGUACCUUUACAAGUAUGUGUACAAAGGGCAUGAUGCCACAUCAAUCAAGCUACAGCAAGAAAAUCAAACUGGCAUACUUGAACAUGAUGAAAUAACAACAUUUCUGGACGGAAGAUAUGUUAGCGCUCCAGAGGCAAUGUGGCACAUCAAUGAGUUUACACUAACAGAAAAGUCACACACCAUAAUCCGCUUACCAGUUCAUCUGCCAGAACACCAGCAAUUGGUAUAUCAUGAAGGCCAAGAAGAGCAGGCCAUUGCCAUGGCAUCUAUCAAAAAAACCAUGCUAACUGCCUGGUUCACACUGGAUCAUGAAGACCAAGAAGCAAAUAAGUUGACUUACGCAGACAUCCCCAAAUACUAUGUCUUUGAUAAGAUCCACACAAAAUGGAAGAGGCGACAGCGCAGAGGGGAAGGAGUUAUUGGAAGAAUGCCAGUAGUAAGCAUUAAAGAUUCAGAGCGGUACUAUCUGCGCAUGCUACUCACCCGAACCAAAGGUAGCACUGGAUUUGACAGUUUGAGAACUGUCCAUGGGGUACUCUAUGACAGUUACCUAGAAACCUGUAGAGCACACGGACUUCUAGAAGGAGAUAAAAACUGGCAUGAAACACUGACUGAGGCAGAACAAAGUCAGAUGCUGCAUUCUCUUAGAAUGCUCUUUGCUAUAAUCGGCGCAUUUGGAGAAGCAGAAGAUGUGGCUGAACUCUGGAACCAACACAAACAUGCCAUGUGUGAAGAUUUAGUACGUAAAUAUUCAGAGUCCACUGACCCACAAUAUGCACUUGCUGAAAUUGAAACACAGCUAAAGACUUAUGGCAUGACUUUGAAGAACAUGAAUUUGCCGGUUCUGCAUCUACCAGAUGCUAUUCUAAAACAGGACACCAUAGACAUACUGGGAGAACAAGAACAGGCCAAAAUACAUACCAGUCAGCUAAACAUAGAACAACAAAGAGCAGUCACCACAGUACUACAAGCCAUAUAUGACAUUCCAAAUGACAAGCCACACUGCUUUUUCCUAGAUGGACCUGCAGGAACAGGGAAAACAUUUGUCUAUACAACACUCAUACACACUAUCCGAAGCAAAGGAGACCAGGCUACAGCAGUUGCUUCAACGGGAAUAGCAGCUACACUAUUACCAGGAGGUAGAACAGCACACUCAGUAUUCAAGAUUCCACUGAUCCUGGAUGCAAGCUCAACAUGCGAUAUAAAGCCAAACACAAUUGCAGCAAAACACCUCAUAGACACAAAAUUGAUAGUCUGGGAUGAAGCACCAAUGACACAGACACAUGCCUUCCUGGCUGUAGUCAGACUCCUCAAAGACCUCACAAAAUCCACACAACCAUUCAGAGGCAAAACCAUCUUGCUGGGGGGUGAUUUCCGACAAAUCCUCCCUGUCAUCAUUAGAGGAUCAAGAUCCUUAACCGUAGCCAGCUGCUUAAAAAAACACCACCUCUGGAAACACAUUCAUGUAAUCAAACUCAACAAAAACAUGCGUGCUCUGCACAAUGAAAAAGACUUUGCAACAUGGCUUCACACCACACCAACUAAAAGGAAGAGCAAUACUGACUGUGACAAACCACAUGUCAAUAACCGUGUCCUCAAUAACCAUGUCAAUAACCGUGUCCUCGAACUCAGUAACCGUGUCCUCGAAUGUAUGCCAGGAGAGGAAGUCAUAUAUGCAAGUAUAGACACCAUCGAAAGUGAGCAAGAAGAAGAUCGCCUGGCAUACCCAGAGGAAUUCUUAAACAGCCUUACACCAACAGGCAUGCCACCACACCAACUGCGUCUUAAACCAGGAGCAAUCAUCAUGCUGCUGAGGAACUUAGCUCCCACAAAAAGACUGUGCAAUGGAACACGUCUCACAGUCAUACGCCUUCAACCCAACAUUAUUGAAGCAAAACCCAUAACACACUCUGAAAACAAUGAGAUUGCUCUCAUCUCAAGGAUUCCAAUAAUACCCUCGGACACAAAUAUGCCAUUCAAAUUCAAAAGAAGGCAGUUCCCAGUAAGAUUGUCCUUUGUAAUGACCAUCAACAAGUCACAAGGACAAACCUUUGACAGAAUAUGCCUUUACCUAAAAGAUCCAGUAUUCAGCCAUGGACAAUUAUAUGUUGCUCUAUCUCGAGUCAGAUCAUUUGACUCAUUAACCAUCGUGUCAGCACAACAGGACAUCCCAAACUGCGUCUACACAGAAAUAUUUGACAAUAACCAAGAAGAAACAGACAAAGAAACACAGAACAGCAGAACAACAAAACACACAGACAGCUUUGGACCAGGAACAAAAAAAUAA